AGGUUUUUGUUUUGAUUUGAAUUUUUAAUCUUGGUAUUUUUAUUAAUGUCGGCGGAUUAUUUACAUUUGUGCUCUGUGAUUCUAAAACAAUGCUUUGGCAAUGUUGUCGAAUCCGUGGCGAAUUGUUUGUUCUCAGCCACAACAAGGACUCUGUCACAAAUUGUGAGCACCACAAAACUGCCACGGAAGGAAGUGUGCGUUGCACUGGCGGUACUGAUCAGAUUCCGGCUAGUAAGCUUUGAGCCAUCUCAAACAAAUCCAUUUCUGCCAGAAUAUUCCCUACGACGUGAGGAUAUCAUAUUUCUUCUGCGGCAUCCGCGGUACAUUUAUUUGAUGCAGAACAAGUAUGGAAAUGUUGGUGCCUCAAUCACUGAGGAACUAAUUCAUUCUGGAUCGCAUACACAUGUGAAUAAAGUGCUGCUUAAUUGUCUGGCUGACGAAGAUGUCGGGACAGCAAAUGCAGAAACACAUCGGAAUACGUUUCUCCAAAUGAUCAGUGAUCAUUAUAUUAUUAAAAUGCCAGAAUUAAUUGAAGGGGAUGAUCAGGACGAAAGCGUCCCUCGAUUUCAGAGCGAUGAAUGUGAAUACUUUCGCCAUCCCAAUAUUGAUCUUCAUUUGCUGUCAAUGAUAAGCAAAGGAGAGGCUUCACUAAGUGAUUCCAAGGAAAGCAAUAUGAUGUGGACCUUAAACUAUGAUCGCUUCCAUCAGGAUUUUCGCGAUGCCAUCAUGGUAGACUCAAUUAAACGCAAACUUGGAGAUAGUGCUGCUGAGUGCUUUAGUUUUAUUCUGACUUUAAUAUAUAAUACAACCGAUCCGUGGCAGCGUAAGACAUCUAAUCAAAUAACUUUUAUGGAGAUAAAACAGACCAUCGAAAGGAAAUCAAAUAAUUUAGACUUGAUUAAGUAUUUGGACCAAUAUAUAAGCCUGCUUACCGACGAUUCUCUUGGUUUCCUGCGAAAGGUUGGCGAUAUGGGAAACGGCCAGUAUUUAGUCGACAUGGAACGGGCAUUUGAGUCACUUGCUUUUGCCUGCAUUGAGUCGGUUAUAACCGAACGUUUUGGCUCGAAAGCGGCACGCAUUUUUCGUGUAAUACGGUUUAAGAAAUUUAUUGAACAGGAAGAUCUACAGAAGGAGGCCAUGAUCCCGGCCAAGGAAGCCAAAUCACUAGCCUAUAAUUUGUUUCAAGAGCAAUUUAUACACGUUAAAGUGAUCAAAAAACCUGGCGGCGGCAGCAAUGGUCCAGCUAAGGCGUUUUAUCUCUAUCAAGUCAAGCAAAAAGACACGGUGAGAAUGCUAUUGGACAUUUCAUUUAAAGCUCUCUACAAUGCAAUCGAACGGUCAAGCUAUGAAAAAUUUGAGCACAAGGGUCUCAUAGACAAAUCUCAAAGACUAGACGCCAUAGUUGAGACCAUGAGGGAACGUGGUGAAUCGGAUGAAUUUAUCGCUGAGAUUAUGGAAACAUUCACACCACCGGAAUGCGAAAUACUUAAAAAAGUCAAAAAUCGUAUACAGGCCCUCUCCAAGGCUGAACUGACACUAGAUAACUCGAUUUUUCUUUUACAAAUGUAUCAACAUCAUUGCACAACGCUGCCAACCAGCAUACAAAAGUUUAAAUAAAUAUCAAAUCACCAGGUUUGGCGAUUAAGAUGAAA